CAUCAUAUGGGUCAGCUGCAGCAGCGACACGGUGGUCAUCAGGGCCAGGACUUCAAACCGCCGCUACUCCUUCGACCUCUGCCCUCGGACGACCUCCCGGUUAUCGAUCUGGUCGAACCCGUCGGUCAUCUUUACGACCCGGGGCCCGAAGACCUCGACCCGGUCAAACUGCAGAGGAUUCUGGCGGGACACUUCGACCCAAAGUUCAUGGCCGUGCAGAGGCCGAAAGAAAGCUACCUCCAUCCUAACGGAACCCUCAAGCCGGGAUUCCGGCUACGGAAAGGUCGCCUGGUGCCCGCCAGGCCGAUGCCCGUAGAGCUGCAGAAGAUCAGGCUCAAGAACAUCGACCUUCCCGGUGGGCUACGGGUCCGGCUGAACAUGGGCCGGCGGCUGCGGCGCAAGAUGCGCCAGCUCCUCUGGACGUACACCUACUGCCCUCUCGUGUACCGGUGGAAGGACCUGGGCCUGCGGUUCUGGCCCCGAUGGAUACGGGAGGGCCGCUGCUACAAGAGUCGGCGCUCGUGCUCCUUCCCGCCCGGUAUGUCGUGCCGCGAGAAGAGCUCCACGGAGAAGACGGUGCUCCGCUGGCACUGCCGGGACUGGACGCAGAGGCGCCAAUGCCGAUGGAUACCGGCCACCAUGUCAAUACUCGUCGAGUGCUCCUGCUCGUGCUGAAGUGCCGCAGCGUGGGCAUACCACUCGGUCCCAGGCUCCGGUGAACGUUAUUGAGAUAGGUACAGACGUUCUGUCCUAGAUACUACCCCUCCUAGUGACUAUGCUACGAACUCUGUAUGUAUAGCAUGGUUCCGGUGGGAACCCUGUCGCGACGUGAGACACUAAAAGAUGUGCGCGUGAGACUUCGAGAAGUUCCCGCUCCUCAAAGUGAUUAAUAUCGCGUGAAUGACGUGAUACAGGCACGCAUAAAAAGCCUGUAAGCCACGUGAUUUUUGUCCACUUCAAAGGGUGCUCGCCGCUCGAUGUGGUUGAACGUUCGACAGCCUUGAUCCAGGCGUACGGGAAAUCUAGAAGCCACGUGAUCUUGUGAACUUCGAAGCUGUUUGUUGCUCCCGAGAGUGAACAUGCGCAAACCACGUGACUGAGGCGAGCACGACGUCGGACAGCGGUGAGAUUUAGAGUCGUAGGCAAAGCGCCCCCUGAACUUACCUCAACACUAGUGUCAUAGUUAACGACGGGCAUUGUGUGCCCGACCUACACCUUAAGCGACGAAUCAAGAAUAGCAAGAGAACGAUUCAGUGCGUGCGUGUGUCUUCAAAUGUGUCCGUCACUCCUGUUGGUGAACAUCUGAGAAAGCACGUGGCAACUGAGGAACACUUGCGUCAACGCUAGUGCAUUUUAACCAUGGAUAAUGAGUGCAGGUCGUUCACCUAAGGCGCCGAGAUCAGAACAACGUCGACCGGAAGUUCUGGCAAGUCAGAGUGAUGCAGUCGGACUUUGCAAGUGGACAAAACUGAAUGAUCAUCGACACGGUGAUGUCGCAUUCCACCUUCGUCGCCGGCCGAAAUGAGACUGUGUGCAACGGAUCGGGUAUACCGCUUACAACAGUGAACAAACAACACGGUCACUUCGAAAAUGCACAACGUGUCCCUAUUGUCGAAAAUGUCGCACCCUGGUUGCACUUUAUGCAAAGGUGUAUGUGACCCUCCAGUUAGUGUUGUGACCGGUGCAGUCAACAUGGUUAUUGUACUGACUCGAUUCUCGUGGUGAGCACAGUGAUCCGACGUGCUUCCUAGGAGUGGACAGCAAAUGGUCGCCGAUGAACAAUGGUC